CCAGAUUUUGCGGCUCAUCCCAGUGUAAGGCACAGACAAAAGUGGCGUUAAUAGUUGCCACGUUUUUCCACUUUGUCUUCGGGAAUCAAUCGUUCACUUGCCGGGAGUGUGUUGCUGGUGGUAAAUAAAAUCACAGAUUAAGUGUGCACGCACGUGCAAUGGUGGGAAGAAGCGGAAGUGAUUAAUUCAGUGGUGAACGGAGUCAAGUGUAAAGCAAAGUGCAAAGAUGUUCUCGAUGGAUCCUUUUGAUUUUGAUGCCGCCAUGACGCGACAUCUCUUCGAGGCGACCCACCAUCACUCCAGUGUGGCCAAUUCGUGUUCACCCAGCUCCUCGGAUUUCUUUCUCUGUGACGACAACUCCACAGAUACAGAUUCCUGCGGUGGAUACAACAGUGAUCAAGAGAAUACUGCCGAAAAAAUCUUUCGAACACAGAAGGUGCGUAGGGUCAAAUGUGCCUCACAGCAAGCUCAGCAGCGACAGGCGGCUAAUCUGCGGGAGCGUCGUCGAAUGCAGAGCAUCAAUGAGGCUUUCGAAGGUCUCCGAUCACAUAUCCCAACGCUUCCUUAUGAAAAGCGCUUAAGCAAAGUGGAUACCCUCAAGCUUGCCAUCAGCUACAUCACCUUCCUGGGUGAGAUGGUGCGUAAGGAUCGCAAUGGGAAUGAACCUGGACUCAAUGGACUCCAGCGAAGCACAAAUAGGGAACCACCAAAGAAAAUUAUUCUCAGAGGCAGUGGAAUGUCGCAUUCACUGUCGUGGCACAGGAAAGGCGAUAGGGUACCAGGAGCACGUCUUUUUGCACGCAUCUGGACACCAGAAGAUCCCAGGGCAGUCCAACGCAAUGGUUCCGCCGGGCCGUCCUUCAUAAACCACCACUCAACCUAAAAGGAUCUUCCGGAAAUGUGUAAAUAAAAUCCUUGCAAUAAGCAACGUAUCUAGUCAUACUGCAAGUCACACAACAACUUCUUUUAUCAAACUAAAAUUUAAUUUUAUUAUUUAUAAAAAUCUUUUUAUACAUAAAAUGCUUUUCUCUCUGUCGUGAAAAUGGAAAGAGAAGGUAAAAAAGUUUCUGUGAGAAAAUCGUUAGGUAGUAGAAUUUUAUGUAAAUGUGGAAUAAAAAAUAUUCUGUUCGAAA